AUGGCAGAAAAUUUUGCUUUCAUUGGUCUCGGAGCUAUGGGCUAUGCCAUGGCCUCCAACAUAAGAAAGAAGAUGGACUCAUCCGCAAUCUUCUACAUUAAUGACAUCAAUGCUUCUGCCUGCAAACGCUUCACCAACGAGUACAGCACAUAUGGGCGGAUAGAAACAGUAGCUACUGCACGCGAAGCAGCAGACAAUGCAAAAGUAGUCAUAUCGAUCGUGCCUGGCGCGAACGACGUGAAGAAAGUCUAUUUGGACGAGAAAGAUGGCGUAAUAGCUGCCAAGAAGGACGAGGAAAGAGUGUUGCUAGAGUGUAGCACGAUCGACGUAAAAAGCACCAGAGAAGUUGGCGAAAAGCUAAAAGCACAAGGCCUAGGGACAUAUGCGGACACACCAGUUUCUGGCGGCGUUCCAGCAGCAGAAAGAGGCGACCUCUCCAUGCUCAUUGGUCACCCCAAACCCUCCGAUUCCAACCCCACAUCUAAGCGCCUCUCAACCGCGCUCUCAAUGAUGGGCUCACCCGAGAAGUUCUUCUACCUCUCAUCCCUCGGUGCCGGCCUUACCGCAAAAAUCUCAAACAAUUACCUCUCUGGCACCAUCCUGCUCGCUACCGCAGAAGCCCUCGCGAUCGGUGUCGCCCAGGGCCUGGACCCGAAAGACCUCUAUUCGGUGAUCCGCGCUUCCACGGGCCAGUCCUGGAUGUGCGACCACGUCAUGCCAAUACCGAAUGUGACUGAUAUAUGGGUGCCGAGUAACAGCGGGUACAAGCCGGGCUUCAAGACGCAGAUGAUGCUUAAGGAUUUAGGGCUGGGAAUCGAGAGCGCGCAGCAGGUGGGCAUUAAUCCGGCGAUGGCGGAGGCAGCGUUGGAGGUCUGGGAGAGUGCGAGUAAGGACGCGAAGUGCUUUGACCGGGACGGAAGUAGUGUGUAUCUGCAUAUUGGAGGGAAAUUACCGCAAGGGUAUGAGGACAAAGGGAAGAAAGGGGAGGAUGGAUCGUGGGAGUUUACUUAA